GCCCUCCCGAGCAGCCUCGCCGCGAUGCCCUCGCCGACCGACGACGAAACGCCCUUUCCCGCGCUGAGCCACGCCGCGGGCCUCAAUGCGCUGGACCGCUCGCAUCUGUCGCCGCACGAUGCCUUCACGUACCCGCUGCGACAGCCGUACGAUGGCGACGGGCCGGCCGAUCCGCUGUCCCAUCUGAGGCACCUCAAGGACGACCGCAGCAGGAGCCGGCGGCGCAAGAGGGCGUGGAAGAAGCUCAUGUGGGUGAAGCAGUCGUAUCCGGACAACUACACCGAUCAGGCGACAUUUCUCGAAAACCUGCAGCGAAACCCUCGGCUCAAGCCCUACGACUUCUGGCCGCUGGUGGCCGACUCCACGGUGAUCCUGCAGCACGUCUGCUCCGUCGUCCUCUUCAUUGUUUGCUUCAGGGGCAUCUUCCACGGGCGAGUGUCGCCCGUGUCGCUCGUCAGCGGGAGCAGCUUCGCCACCUUUCUGGGAUGGAUCCUUUGGGAGCGAUGGGUCUCGGAGGAGGAGGACAAGGAGGACGAAGUAACCGCGGGCGGCGCUGCUGCCUCUGUGAACAAGACCGAGAGCAUACGGCGACGAGCUCGUGCAGCUAGCAUUCGCCGACCCAUCAUCACGCCCCGUCCCCUUUCUACUACGUCGUCGAGCCGUCCGACAUCAGAGUCGUCUUCUUCGCGUCCGUCGGCUGGAAACUCGACGAUUAAUAUCAGAGUUCAGAUUCCAGAUAACGAGCAGAUGAGGGCAACUAUUCUUCCGUCUCCUUCUUCCACCACCUCUCCGACAUCGCCCACAUCGCCGCUGUCACCAAGGGGAACUCCUCAACACGGAAUCGGUGCCGAUGGCCAACCUCUACUGCGCAGAGCGAGUUCGGACGUGAUACCCGACUUUCCGUCAAUACCAAACGAGUCUAACCGCCUGCAUCAGCGCCUCGGCACGAUCAAGUCGGCUUUGCUAAUUUACUGCACGCUCCUCGGGCUCAGCCCCAUUCUCAAAUCCCUGACUCAGUCCACCUCUAGCGACAGCAUCUGGGCCAUGUCCCUCUGGCUGCUGGCAAUCAACAUAUUCUUCUUUGACUACUCGGGCGGCGUCGGAGCUAAAUUCCCUGCGUCGUUGUCCACAAACGCAGCCCUCAUGGCCUCGACCGUGCUGGCAAGCCGUUUACCCUCUACUAAGCAGGUGUUUUGCUUAACCCUUUUCAGUAUUGAGGUUUUUGGUCUGUUUCCCGUGUUCCGGCGAUACGUUCAGCACCGUAGUUUCAAGCAGCAUGUGAUUCUAACCGUGUUGCUGAUUCUGGGGGCCGGAUGGGGCGUUGGAGUCGUAAUGGCCAAACCGAAGCCUGACGGUUGGCCGUGGAAGCGCGGUAUCGGAGGCAUGGUGGUGUCUAUCCUUAUUGCGGCAAUAGCCACGGGUGGAUGCAGCUGGUGGCUCAUUGGACUGCAGAGGUAUAAGAACGAGAUUCGAGGGCCUUGGGAUCCUGCGAGGCCCAUUAUUAUGAGCCGGCAGCGUUGGGACGAU